CCGCUGAAAUCGAUUCAUUAACCAUAAACCCCUUCAGCCGCACGGGGUUUUAGCUCGCCGGUCCUCCUCCUCCUCCGUUUUCCUUUCGCCAUUGCCGCACGGCCGGAGCAGAUGAGGGAGAUCGAAGCUCUGUGGGAGGAUGUCCGAGAGCUAACCCUAGGCAACACCUCCCGGAUCGAGCGCCUCACCUCACCUCCCUCCCCUCUCCGCUUCCUCAGGGACUUCGUCUCCCUUAACAAGCCCUGCAUCAUCUCCAACGCCACCCUCCACUGGCCCGCCCUCCAUCUCUGGCGCAGCGACGACUACCUCACUGGCUCCCUCUCUUCCUCUACCGUCUCCGUCCACCUCACCCCCGACGGCCGCGCCGACGCCCUUGCACUGAACCCUGCCGAGCCGCCGCCGUCCCUCUGCUUCGCCUCCGCGGAGACCCGGCGCUUGCCUUUCCCCGAGGCGCUCGAUCUCAUACACAGGAGCAAUGCGGGAGACAAUUUUGUUGCUUAUGCCCAACAGCAGAACGAUUGCUUCCGGUCGGAGUACUCUGCCUUAGGUUCUGACUGCGACUCCCAUAUACAGUGGGCUUCGGAGGCCCUUGGUUGCCUCCCCGAAGCCGUGAAUCUCUGGAUCGGGACCCACUGGUCGGAGACGUCCUUCCACAAGGACCAUUAUGAGAAUCUAUACGCCGUGGUUUGCGGGGAAAAGCACUUCCUCCUCCUUCCGCCGACUGACGUACAUCGGAUGUACAUAGGGGAAUAUCCAGCUGCACAGUACUUGUAUUCUGAGGAAACAGGAGAGUUCAAGUUGGAGCUCGAGGAACCUAAGAGGUGGGUUCCUUGGUGCAGUGUAAAUCCUAACCCUUCUCAAGAGGAUCUAGACAGUGAGAUGGAGAAGUUCCCGUUGUAUUUCAAUGGCCCUAAGCCAUUUGAGUGUACAGUCAAGCCUGGAGAGGUUUUGUUCUUACCAAGUAUGUGGUUCCAUCAUGUCAGGCAGAGCCCAGAUGACCGAGGACUCACUAUUGCAGUCAACUAUUGGUAUGACAUGCAAUACGACAUGAAGUAUGCAUACUUCAACUUCUUGCAAUCGAUUCAAUACCAAUCUCUUCCCGAUCCUAGUGCUAACGAAACAGAGAGUGAAGAGAUAAUUAAGCCAGUAAUAGGAAAUGACUUCCGUUGAGGAAGCAUACAGCUCUUAGCCCAGUUUGGUGCCAAGGAAUGGAACCAUUCUGAUGUGAGCCGAUGUGAUGCAGGAAUAUUUUAACGGAGAAGAAGGAGAUGCUGAAGGCAUGUAACACAAUUUAUAGCUGCUGUUUUUCCUGCCACUCAUAACUUGAUUGAGGUUUUCUCAUUCUUCGUGAUUUAGAAGAGAUUCUGCCAUGAUGUGCUCCUGAUUGGCUUGAGUUGAGUAUUUCUCACCUGGGUUACUUGCAGCUCUCAACCUGCUUAUGACCCACGUUUUGGUGCUCUGACUUCUGAGGUUGCGAUUGAUUAUAUAUUCUCCAAAAAUGUUAGCCCGUGUCCAUAUGAUGUGAUUGAUUAUAUGGUAUGAAAAGGCGUUCAUGAGGUGCUGUGCUAGUCAAGAAUUGAUCUAGUUGUCCAAAUUUUGGUAAACAUAUCUCCUGGGGAUUUGCCCCGUCAAUUUUGGACUAAA